CGUGCGCGUCCCCGCUUCUAAGCGACAAGAUGGCGGCGUCCGCCGGAUCAGGCGUCAAAGUACCUCGUAACUUCCGGCUGUUGGAGGAGCUGGAGGAGGGGCAGAAGGGCGUGGGCGAUGGGACAGUGAGUUGGGGUUUAGAGGACGAUGAUGACAUGACACUCACACGCUGGAGAGGAAUGAUCAUCGGCCCGCCCCGGACGAUCUACGAGAACAGGAUAUACAGCCUGAGGGUGGAGUGCGGCCCUCGGUACCCAGAAACACCGCCACUUGUCCGAUUCGUCACCAAAAUCAAUCUGAAUGGCGUCCACAACUCUAACGGCGUGGUGGACAUGCGCGCCGUGUCGUCUCUGGCCAAGUGGCAGAACUCGUACAGCAUCCGCGUGGUUCUGCAGGAGCUGCGUAGACUCAUGAUGUGCAAAGAGAACAUGAAGCUGCCUCAGCCACCCGAGGGCCAAAUCUACAGCAUCUAAACCCCAUGCGCUCUCUCUCUCUCUCUCUCUCUCUCGCUCUCUCUCUCUCUCUCUCAAACAAACACACACACACAUUCCUUCUAUUUUCCAAGACUCAUCAUUCCCUUAUUUUCUAUCUGGCAAGGCUCCCCCCCCCCCCCCCCCCCCCGACCCCACCCCUUCCCCAGAGCAGCCAAUCAGCAGCUCGUGUCACACAGAAAGUCACGGACGCAUCAUGCAGAUCAUCUUACUGAUCGUCUUGUUUUUUGUUUUUUAAUCUUUUAUUUGUUAUACAUGCAAAUUGUAAAAUAACAUUAUCUUAUUGAAUGAA